AUGUUGCAUGAACAGAAAUCCAAUGAAGAUCUCCGCAUUGUUCUUUUGGGGAAGACUGGGGUUGGAAAAAGUUCUGCUGGAAACACCAUUCUGGGUGCAGAGGUCUUCAAAUGUGACAUAUCAGCAUCAUCUGUGACCAAGGAAUGCUGGAAGGACAUCAGACAAGUAAAUGAUAGAAACAUUUCAGUGAUUGAUACACCAGGCCUGUUUGAUCCAAGUUUUACACUAGAAGAGACGGUCAAUAGGAUCAAGUUCUGCAUCCCUCUCUCUGCUCCUGGCCCACAUGUCUUCAUGUUCGUGGUAUCCCCUAGUAGAUUCACUCAGGAAGACAAGAGGACAGUGGAGAUCUUUCUGAAGGUAUUUGGGGAAGAUGCCAUUAAACACACCAUAGUCCUGUUCACCCAAGGAGACAAACUUGGUAAAAGAAACAUGCAAGAGUUUGUUACUCAAAACCCAGAUCUGGUACAACUAUUCAGAAUGUGUAACCAGAGACACCAUGUUUUCAACAAUGAGGAGAAGGAUCCCACACAGGUGCUUCAACUGCUAGAAAAGAUCGACAAAAUGGUGUCAGAAAAUGGAAGAAAUUAUUACAGCAAUGAAAUGCUGAUGAUGGCAGAACGAGCGAUUGAGGAAGAGAAACAGCGGAUUCUGAAGGAAAGCGAGGUGGAGAGACGCAGGCAGUUUGAUGCUCUGAAAAUGGAAGCUCUGUCUGAAGCUUACAAGGAGCUUCAGGAGAAGCAGGAGAGAGAGGCCAGAGCACAAGCAGAAAAGAAUAACAAGUAUAUUUCCAUAAUGACACAGGUUUUGUGGACUCUCCUUAAGAAUUUCCUCAUAAAGCAAUUACAAAAUACAGGGAAAAAAUAAGCAGAAUUCAUCUGUGUAAUUAUUUAAUAGGGUUGUUUAAUUUUUCUAAUAUAUAAACCUCAUAUGUGAACAUACUAGACAUGAGUAUACAAAA